AUGUCGGGGGAACAGCUGGCUGCCAUCAGCAUAGACGAGAUCAGCAAUGUGAGGGACGUGAAGGAUUAUCUCUCCAGGAACUUUGGUUUUCCUGUUUUCCUUCAGCAACUCCUAGAUAACGGCAGCAGUUUGGAUGAUUCAGCUCUGAUGCCUGUUCCCAUUGACCUGCAGCUAGUCUUGAAGUCCGUUUUCAGUGCUACAGAUCAGCAGGAGGCUGCAACCGAGCUUCUUCGUGCUUGUGCUACAGGGCAUUUCAACACUGUACGCUUGCUUCUAGAAGCCGGUACGAACAAGGACGCACAAGAUCGUAUGAGCCGCACUGGUCUCAUUCUUGCAGCUAAAUCUGGCCAUGUGGAGACUGUGCGCUUAUUGUUGGAAGCUGCUUCCAAUGUGAAUGCGAAGGGUGUGGACGGCUGCGGAGCUCUCAUGGUCGCGGCUCACAUUGACAAUGUGGAGAUCACACAGUUGCUGUUGGACGCUGGUGCUAACAAGGACCUGCAAGAUCUGGUGGGCAACACGGCUCUCCUUGUUGCAGCUCGUCUUGGCAACGUGAAGGUCGUGGAGUUGUUGUUGGAAGCUGGUUGUAAGAAGGACCUGCCAGACAGGAUGGGAAACACAG